GAGCUAGUAGUUCCAUUCCAUCGUACAUGGUUUGGAUGCAAGCUACAUAUACAACAUCAUAACCCCGGCUCUGGCUCAGGCUCAGGCACAGGCUCAAGCAUAAGCACAAUCACAGGCAGAGGUUCAGCAAAGACCUCUCGCGCACAUCACAGAGCAUCAGAAGCAGCAGCAGGCCAGCAGGCAGCAAGCAGCAAGCAGCGCCAAACCUUUCGGGUUUUCUUUUAUUUUUUCGUACUAACUUCACUAACUAACUACCACCGUUCGUUGAAUCUUUGGUCCAGUUCUGAUUCGACUACCGACUCGGAAGGUUGCUCUCUCUCUUUCUUUUUUGUUUUUCUCUACAUAAAUACGCUUUCGGAAGAGGCAACAUCGUUUUUAUUUUUCUUUCCGAGAUUAAAAAUUUCAAAUAAAAAAAACUAUCUACUAGAUACGUAUCCAAAUGUUGACACACUCUAACCUGUAACUUUACCUUUUAUUAUAUAGUCGACGACGAAGUCGACUACUUCGGAAAAUAUACGACUCAUAUAAGACUAAGUGCCAGGGAUACACCACCGUCCACCACCGCACCGGGGCUCCGGAUCAGUGAAGUAAAAUAAGGCGAAUAAGAAGAAGAGUGUACCUUGCGCCAAGGUUUCCCUAGAGAGAUCGGAAUCUCGUUUUCUGCUCCAUAGCACAUUAUUUAACUCACAUCACACACAAAAAGAAGAUAUUUCGUGUUUUGUUUUUAAUUUUUUGUUUUCUUAAAUUUUUUUUUAAAGUUAGUUAAGUUUGUAGAAGAAGUUUGAAAAGAAAGAAGAGGCUAUGAGAAAUUCCUCGGUUCCCAAAUGAGAACCCAUUAAGAAAAAAAAAAAACAAAUGGUAAUCUAUUUGAACCUUAAGGAAUUUUUGGGCUACGGUACGGAAACGUGAUACGCGGUCGCGCGCUUGCGCACAAAAACAGAAGCUUCAAAGUUGAAUUCUUUUUAAGUAGUUGUUGUGUUUUUGUAGAAGGAGUGAACUUGUUAAAAAAAGGGCAAAGAAUCCCAAAACGAAAUUUGUACAAACCCAUCAAAAGCUUCCAAGAAAUUCCCUUUUCCAUUGUUCUUGACCUGUCAUCGAAGUUUUCCUAUAAAAUAAGUUCGACUUUUAGUUUUUCUCUUCAAAAUUAAUUGAGAAAUUUAAAAGAUAAAUAAUAAAUUAAAAAAUCAAAUAAAUAAAAAUAAAAAUGGAAAUUUAAAUUUUUAGUGAAAAAGUGUGAAGAAAUCGUUGAUUUUUUUGAAAAAAUGUUUCAACUGACACCGCAACCGACAGUGACAACAAAAACAACAACAAACCUUUCAACUGCAACCGAAAUCUCAACGACGACGACGACUUAUUCAGGAGCGCCCAAAUAAUACACAAAAUCACCGUCAUCUCAGAAAUGUUGACUUUUCGUAACCGGCCGAUACUUUUCUUACUGUGGAUUAUGAAAAUCAGUUUAGUCUCAAAUUUUACAUCAUCAAUUAUCUGCUCCCGAAUACCUGGCCUAACGCCCGUCCAACGACAAUUGUGCAGUGAAUCUCCCGACGCCCUAAUAGCCCUCGGAGCCGGCCAUCAACAAGGUGCUCAAGAAUGUCAACACCAAUUCAGAGGUCAUCGUUGGAACUGUACAGAUGUGUGGCAAAAAGACGUCUUUGGUCAUCUUAUGUUUGUAGGAUCUCCAGAAGCUGCAUUUACCUAUGCGAUAGCUAGUGCUGGAGCAGCACAUGCUGUAACAGCGGCAUGUGCUCGGGGCAAUAUCUCGCUUUGCGGAUGUGACAUGAAUCAGAGGCCAAGUGUGAGUGAUAGCAGAAGGAGUGCCAGCAGUCAGGGAAUAGCCACAGAACAGCCCUGGAAAUGGGGUGGAUGUUCGGCGGAUAUUGAGUUCGGAAUAAAAUUCACACGGAAGUUUCUCGACGCGCGGGAGAUCGAAAACGAUGCUAGAAGUUUGAUGAAUCUUCACAAUAAUAGAGCGGGGAGAAAGAUUGUGAAAAAUCUUCUAAAAACCGAAUGUAAAUGCCACGGAGUGAGUGGAUCGUGCGCCAUGAAGACAUGCUGGAAGAGUCUUCCGACAUUUCGAGUGGUGGGGGAUGCGCUUAUGAAGCGUUACAAAAAAGCCAAAAUGGUUCAGGCCGUUAAGGGCAAACGCGGACUGACUUUAGUUUUAAGCAAAAAAUACAGAUUAGGAAGCACUCAAAAGAAACACCAGUAUCCAAAACGCAUGGAACUGGUUUAUAUUCAAACGUCACCAAAUUAUUGCGAACGCAAUAUUGACUUGGGGUCACUGGGCACCGUGGGCCGUAAUUGUAAUCGGACAAGCACAGGGACGCAAAGCUGUGAUCUAUUAUGCUGCGGGCGCGGCUAUAAUACCCACCAAAUAAAUCGAACUUCUCAGUGCCGGUGCAAGUUUCAGUGGUGCUGUCAAGUUCAGUGUGACAUUUGUAACGAAAUGUUCGAAGAGUAUACUUGUAAAUAAAGUUUUAGUAAUUUUUUUUUAAUUUUUUGUUUUUUUUUGUUUAUUUUACAAAAUAUAGUUUUAUGAAGCUUUUAUUAAAUUUAUUAAGCAUGAUGAUUACGAGUAUGUAUAAUGUAUAUGUAUGAUGGACGCAAAAUAUUUAUAUUAUUGUUUUUAGUGUUUUUAUUUUCUAUUUUCAAACAUAAUGUAUUAUAGUUUAAAAACUAAUUUAAAUUAAAAAAAAAGAAAAACAAAACGAAAAUUAUGUAAAAUAUUAUAAAAUAAAUAAUAAUUGUAAUAUUAAUUUGUACUUAUUAAAUAAUAAUUGUUUAAAAAUGA